GUAAACUGUGAAUGGAAAUUGAUUACGGUGCGUUUUCACAAAUUAUCCCUCUCUUAGGACUUAGGAGCCACGAACAACAAAGACUCCCAGAAAUGGGAGGGGUGGAUCAUAUCUAUGGGGAUCAGAAGCACUCUCAUUCUACACUUAUCUCCUAGCUGUCUCCAUCAUCUAUUUUCGACCCAUACUAAGUUCAUCCAAAACCCUAAUUUCUUCUCAAGAUCCCAUUGCUUAUCAUCCUCUAAGUUCAAUUGGAGUUCCAAUUUUAUCACUUUCAGAAGUCGUCGUUUCCAAUUUGAAGACGAAUUUGGGAGGAGAAAGAAGCGGGGGAAUUGGUGGUCCGACGAUGACGAUGACGAUGACGAUGACGACGACGACGAAGAUGAUGAUUUGGACUUUGGAUUAUGGGAUGAAAGUCCAAUUCCUAUUAACUGGCUUUUUAAGAUAUUCAGAACCUUUGGUUGGAUGAUUCCAGUUAUUGUGAUAUCCACACUUCAAGGCACCGGAUCAAAAUCAUUGAUCAUGGCGGUAGUGCUUCCCCUAGGACAAACUGUUCUUUCUUUGGUAAUGGAUAAAAUGUGGGGAGGGCCAAGUUCUAGCCCAGAAUUCAGGCCCUGGUCUAAGUCCAGGUCCAGAAGCAGGUCUAGGUCUAGACGUGAAAGGAAUCCAUUUGGAGGGACGGCCAAUCGGGGAAACUGGGGAGCUCGAGAGGCAAGAUUCCGUCCACGUUCUACCAAUGGGUAUCAAUCAUGGCGGACAACAAAUAAUCCUUCAUCUAAAGAGGGUAGAAGAAACAACUCAAAAUUCGGUGGCUGGGAUGAGCUAGAUCAACAAGUUGCCAGUGACAGCAGCUUCACGGAAGCACAAGCACAAAAGGUUGAUGAUCUCGAGAUCGAAUAAACAGAGGCGCUUGGUAUGUUGAGGACGAUAAACAGAUAUAAACCGUUGUUCAUAAGAUUGGUGAUUGCUUUUGUUUCCAUUUCUAGGUUCAUGGACCAGAGCAGCUUCCUUCUCUAAUGUUCAAUGUGAAUGUGGUAUAAUCAUCAAAAUAAGAAAUGUACAAGUUCAAGUUUGUGUAUUAUUCCGAAAAGAAAGAAUAGGUUGAUUACCAACAGAAGUCAGCAGAGAAAGGAUUUGCUCCUAUGCAAUUUGUAUUGCUAGAUUUGGAGGAAAAUGUGCUACAGUUUUAGUUUAUAUGUUCAUAUUGUUUAAUUAGCUUCAGGUAAUUUUGUUUUUGAAUUCAAAACCAUUUUAAUUAAUUGAGUCAAUUUAAAGGCGAUGUAAAAUUGAUUCUUCCAGUUAGCAUUAACUCUUAAAGAAUGAAUGUUGUGACAGGUGUUCAACCCUAUUAGGCUCGGAUACCUUUCAGUUGUUA